AUGUGGCCUCUGAGGCUCUGGGACGCACAGGAAGUCACUAUUUUCCUCAGCCUCACAUUGUAUGUGUGCCACCUAGGUAUGUAUCCUACCCAUACAUGGAAACACUUCUGGAGCAUGUAUUCAUAAAUGGAAAUACUGAUUUGUAUGUGUUUAAAUGUGUGAGUGCUUGUGUGUUUAAGGGCAUGCCUAUGUUUGCCUCUGGGUGUAUGAUGUAUGCCAAGCACAUUCAGAAUAAUCUUUCUUCUGGUAUCAGUUGACUAACUUUUAGUAUUCCCCAACUUUGCUCUGAUGUGGUUUGUACCGGUGUAUCAGAAUAAUAGUACAGUUAGACACACAGUGGUUUGUUAAUUCACCAAAACUUCGAUAGGGACUGAUGGUUUCAUGUCAUAUCUCUGGCAGCCAUAAUGUUUCUCUGUCAUUCUUUCCACGCUGUAACAAAAUUAUUUGUGCAUGCUUCAUCAUGUGUACACACACACCUUUAGUUCUACUGGUGUGUCUGAGUCAGUAAUUCACAUUGAUUGCAACACAUCUUACAUGAUUAAACAACCGAAAGCAGGUGGCCAUGUGGGCAAUUCAAAACCAAUCAAUCAAUCAAUCAAUCAAAUGUAUUUAUAAAGCCCUUUUUACAUCAGCAGAGUGCUUAUACUGAAACCCAGCCUAAAACUCCAAAGCGCAAGCAAUCCAGAUUUAGAAGCAUGGUGGCUAGGAAAAAUUCCCUAGAAAGGCAGGAACCUAGAAAGAAACCUAGAGAGGAACCAGGCUCUGAGGAGUGGCCAGUCCUCUUUUGGCUGUGCCCGGUGGAGAUUAUAAGAGUACAUGGCCAUUUAGGCCAGAUUGAUCUUCAAGAUGUUCAAAUGUUCAUAGAUGACCAGCAGGGUCAAAUAAUAAUCACAGUGGUUAUAGAGGUUGCAACAGGUCAGCACCUCAGGAGUAAAUGUCAGUUGGCUUUUCAUAGCCAAGCAUUCAGAGGUCGAGACAGCAGGUGCGGUAGCGAGAGAGAGACAGCGAAAGAGGGAGAGGGAGAGAGAGGGUCGAAACAGCAGUUCCGGAACAAGGUAGCACGUCCGGUGAACAGGUCAGGGUUCCAUAGCCGCAGGCAGAACAGCAGAAAUGAAGAUCUCCCCCACCGCACGAGCCCAAGGGGGCGCAAAACCGGACAGGAAGAUCACAUCAGUGACUCAUCCCACUCAAGUCGAGUAUAGCGAAAAAAGCCUGGCACGAUGUGAUGCACCCCUCCAAGGGACAGCAUGGGAGAGCACUAGCAAGCCAGUGAUUUAGCCCCCAUAAUAUGGUAAGAGGCAGAGAAACCCAGUGGAGAGAGGGGAGCUGGCCAGGCAGAGACAGCAAGGGGUGUUCAUCACUCCAGUGCUUUGCAGUUCACCUUCGCACCCCUGGGCCAGACUACACUCAAUUAUAUGACCUACUGAAGAGAUGAGUCUUUAAUAAAGAGUUAAAGGUUGAGACCAAGUCUGUCUCUCUCACAUGGAUCGGCAGACACUGCCUUGUUUAGUUUUGCCCAACCUAGAUCGAGGCACAGACGGUCUCAAUGGGGAAAACUGAGCUGACUACACUGACUGUGCUAGGAGCAGACUCCACUUAUCUGUCAGGCUGGCUAACAGCCUGAUGCCUGCACCCAUCUCAUUGUGGAGCUAGAGGAGUUAGAGUCCUGUCUAUGUUGAUAGAUAAGAUGAGAGCACCCCUCCAGCUAGGCUGGAGUCCGUCACUCCUCAGCAGGCCAGGCUUGGUCCUGUUUGUUGGUGAGUACCAGCAAGAGGGCCAGUUAUCUACAAAUUCUAUAUUUUGGGAGGGGCAGAAAACAGUUUGAGUUGUGCUAGUCUGCUGUAGAGCUCAUCAAUCCCCCUAGGAGGGGGCCAGAGACAAUUACUCAAUGCCAACACAUCUUUCUAGCUAAGUUACACGCUGAAGUUAUGUUGCGCUUGGUGACCUCUGACUGUUUCAUCCUAACAUCGUUGGUGCCGACAUGGAUAACAAUAUCCCUAUACCAUCUACACUCGCCAGUUUUAGCCUCAGCCAGUACCAUCUUCAGAUUAGCCUUUACGUCGGUAGCCCUGCCCCCUGGUAAACGAUGUAUGAUCGCUGGAUGAUUAUUUUUAAGUCUAAUAUUGCGGUUAGUGGAGUCGCCAAUGACUAGGGUUUUCAAUUUGUCCGAGCUAAUGGUGGGAGACUUCGGCGGCUCAGACCACGUAACUUGUGGAGGAGAGACCUGGAAAGGCUCGGGCUCUGACUCCGACUCGUUGCUUAGUGGGGAAAACCAGUUGAAAGUUUCUAUCGGCUGUAUGAGCGACACUGGUUGAGCAUGCCGACAGCAUUUCUUUCAAGAAGCCAUCAGCUUGUUUGGCAGGUUUCAAGCAAGACAAUCUAAGAACAAUCUGUUAUUAAAGAGAGUGACACAGAAGGAACACAGUACCUGGAAGAACCUGUUCUAUAUUAUACAUUUUUUAAAUUCCUAACAUCUUACCAAGACUGACUUGGAAACAACUUUAGACUUUUAGGCGUGCCCAUCAUUGACGACCUGGAAUCUGGAAUGGUCCCUUCACACAGACAGUGUGGUGAAGAAGGCGCAAAAGCGUCUCUUCAACCACAGGAGGCUGAAGAAAUUCUGCUUGGCCCCUAAGACCCUCACAAACUUCUACAGAUGCACCAUUGAGAGCAUCCUGUUGGGCUGUAUCACCGCCUGUUACAGCAAUUGCACCAUCUGCAACAGCCCAAUGCAUCACCGGGGACAAACUGCCUGCCCUCCAGGACAUCUACAGCACCUGGUGUCACAGGAAGGCCAUGAAGGACCUCAGCCACCCGAGCCAUGGCCAUUUCACCCCGCUACCAUCUAGAAGGCGGAGACAGUACAGGUGCAUCUGAUAAACAGCUUUUAUCUCCAGGCCAUCAGACAGUUAAACAGUCACCACUAGCCGGCCUCUGCCCAGUACCCUGCCCUGAACCUUAGUCACUGUUACUAGCAGGCUACCACCUGGUACUCAAUCCUGCACCUUAGAAGAAAGCUGCCCAAUGUACAUAGUCAUUGAACACUGGUCACUUUAAUAAUGUUUACAUACUGUACUGUUUUACCCACUUUAUAUAUACAGUGCCUUCGGAAAGUAUUCAGACCCCUUGACUUUUUCCACAUUUUGUUACGUUACAGCCUUAUUCAAAUUUUAUUUUUAUUGUUUUAUGUUCCUCAUCAAUCUACAAACAAUACCUCAUAAUGACAAAGCGAAAACAGGUUUUUAGACAUUUUUGCAAAUGUAUUAAAAAUAAAAACCAGAAAUACUUUAUUUACAUAAGAUUAAGACCCUGCUAUGAGACUCGAAAUUGAGUUCAGGUGCAUCCUGUUUCCAUUGAUCAUCCUUGAGAUGUUUCUACAACUUGAUUGUAGUCCACCUGUGGUAAAUUCAAUUGAUUGGACAGGAUUUGGAAAGGCACACACACCUAUCUAUAUAAGGUCCCAUAGUUGACAGUGCAUGUCAGAGCAAAGACCAAGCCAUGAGGUUGAAGGAAUUGUCCAUAGAGCUCCAAGACAGGAUUGUGUCGAGGCACAGAUCUGGGGAAGGGUACCAAAAAAUGUCUGCAGCAUUAAAGGUCUCCAAGAACACAGUGACCUCCAUAAUUCUUAAAUGGAAGAAGUUUGGAACCACCAAGACUCUUCCUAGAGCUGGCCGCCCUCCCAAACUGAGCAAUCGGGGGAGAAGGGCCUUGGUCAGGGAGGUGACCAAGAACCCUAUGGUCACUCUGAUAGAGCUCCAGAGUUCCUCUGUGGAAAUGGGUGAACCUUCCAGAAGGACGACCAUCUCUGCAGCACUCCACCAAUCAGGCCUUUAUGGUACAGAAGCCACUCUCCAGUAAAAGGCACAUGACAGCCCGCUUGGGAGUUUACCAAAAGGCACCUAAAGGACUCUCAGACCAUGAGAAACAAGAUUCUCUUGUCUGAUGAAACCAAGAUUGAACUCUUUGGCCUGAAUGCCAAGCGUCAUGUCUGGAGGAAACCUGGCACCAUCCCGAAGCAUGGUGGUGGCAGCAUCAUGCUGUGGGGAUGUUUUUCAGCGGCAGGGACUUGGAGACUAGUCAGGAUCGAGGGAAAGAUGAAUGGAGAAAAGUACAGAGAGAUCCUUGAUGAAAACCUGCUCCAGAGCCCUCAGGACCUCCAGACUGGGGCGAAGGUUCACUUUCCAUCAGGACAACAACCCUAAGCACACAGCCAAGACAACGCAGGAGUGGCGAUCGGGACAAGCCUCUGAAUGUCCUUCAGUGGCCCAGACAGAGCCCGGACUUGAACCCGUUCAAACAUCUAUUGGAGAGACCUGAAAAUAGCUGUGCAGCAACGCUCCCCAUCCAACCUGACAGAGCUUGAGAAAAUCUGCAGAGAAGAAUGGGAGAAACUCCCCAAAUACAGGUGUGCCAAGCUUGUAGCGUCAUACACAAGAAGACUCCAGGCUGUAAUCGCUGACAAAGGUGCUUCAACAAAGUACUGAGUAAAGGGUCUUAAUACUUAUGUAAAUGUGAUAUUUCAGUUUUUUUUUUUAUAUACUACCGGUCAAACAUUUUAGAACACCUACUCAUUCAAGGGUUUUUCUUUAUUUUUACUAUUUUCUACAUUGUAGAAUAAUAGUGAAGACAUCAAAACUAUUAAAUUACGCAUAUGCACUCAUGUAGUAACCAAAAAAGUGUUAAACAAAUCAAAAUAUAAUUUAUAUUUGAGAUUCUUCAAAUAGCCAUCCUUUGCCUUGAUGACAGCUUUGCACACUCCUGGCAUUCACUCAACCAGCUUCAUGAGGUAGUCACCUGGAAUGCAUUUCAAUUAACAGGUGUGCCUUCUUAAAAGUUAAUUUGUAGAAUUUCUUUCCUUCUUAAUGCGUUUGAGCCAAUCAGUUGUGUUGUGACAAGGUAGGGGGGGUAUACAGAAGAUAGCCCCAUUUGGUAAAAUACAAAAUCCAUAUUAUGGCAAGAACAGCUCAAAUAAGCAAAGAGAAACAACAGUCCAUCAUUACUUUAAGACAUGAAGGUCAGUCAGUACGGAACAUUUCAAGAACUUGAAAGUUUCUUCAAGUGCAGUCACAAAAACCAUCAAGCGCUAUGAUGAAACUGGCUCUCAUGAGGACCGCCACAGGAAUGGAAGUCCCAGAGUUAUUUCUGCUGCAGAGGAUAAGUUCAUUAGAGUUACCAGCCUCAGAAUUGCAGCCCAAAUAAAUGCUUCAAAGUUCAAGUAACAGACACAUCUCAACAUCAACUGUUCAGGGGAGACUGUGUGAAUCUGGCCUUCAUGGUCGAAUUGCUGCAAAGAAACCACUACUAAAGGACACCAAUAAGAAGAAGAGACCUGCUUGGGCCAAGAAACACGAGCAAUGGGCAUUAGACCAGUGGAAAUUUGUCCUUUGGUCUGGAGUCCAAAUUGGAGAUUUUUGGUUCCAACUGCCGUGGCUUUGUGAGAUGCGGUGUGGGUGAACGGGUGAUCUCUGCAUGUGUAUUUCCCACCGUAAAGCAUGGAGGAGGAGGUGUUAUGGUGUGGGGGUGCUUUGCUGGUGACCACUGUCUGUGAUUUAUUUAGAAUUCAAGUCACACAGCAUUCUGCAGCAUUCUGCAGCGAUACGCCAUCCCAUCUGGUUUGGGCUUAGCGGAGCUAUCAUUUGUUUUUCAACAGGACAAUGACCCGACACAUCUCCAGGCUGUGUAAGGGCUAUUUGACCAAGAAGGAGAGUGAUGGAGUGCUGCAUCAGAUGACCUGGCCUCCAAAAUCCCCCGACCUCAACCAAAUUGAGAUGGUUUGGGAUGAGUCGGACCGCAGAGUGAAGGAAAUGCAGCCAACAAGUGCUCAGCAUAUGUGGGAACUCCUUCAAGACUGUUGGAAAAGCAUUCCAGGUGAAGCUGGUUGAGAGAAUGCCAAGCGUGUGCAAAGCUGUCAUCAAGAAAAAGGGUGGCUAUUUGAAGAAUCUCAAAUAUAAAAAUAUAUUUUGAUUUGUUUAACACUUUUUUUGGUUAGUUCAUGAUUCCAUAUGUGUUAUUUCAUAGUUUUGAUGUCUUCACUAUUAUUCUACAAUGUAGAAAAUAGUAAAAAUAAAGAAAAACCCUUGAAUGAGUAGGUGUUGUAAAACCUUUGACCGGUAGUGUAUGUUUGCAAAAUUAAAUUGUUUUUCCUUUAUCAUUAUGGGGUAUUGUGUUCAGAUUGAUGAGGGGGACAUUUUUUAAUUUUAAUUUUAAUUUAAUCCAUUUUAGAAUAAGGCUGUAACGUAACAAAAUGUGGAAAAUAUCAAGGGGUCUAAAUACUUUCCGAAUUGAUUGUAUAUACUGUAUUCUAGUCAUGGUUCAUCCUAUAUACCGUAACUACUGCUGUACACACCUUUUCUAUUCAUAUACUGUCCAUUCGCACGUUAUUUUUGUAUAUAUAUAUAUUCCGGACUCAGACAUUGCUCGUUCUGAUAUUACUUAAUUUAUUUCUUUUUACUUUUUGGAUUAUGUGUGUAUUGUUUUAUAUUGGUAGGUAUUACUGCACUGUUGGAGCUUCAACAACAAGCAUUUCGCUGCACCUGCGAUAACAUCUGCAAAUCUUUGUACGCAAUCAAUCAACUUUGAGAUGAGCGAAGAGCUAGAAUCACAUGCCAAUGAGCCAUCUCAAAGUAAUUUGAUGACAGCAACCCCAUCAUACAGUAUGAAAUAGGCCAAUAUAAAUGUAAAAGUCUGUGUUUUUUAUAGGAUAAUAUGUUAUGUAAUGUCUUUUGUGGAACUGAAAACAUUCUGUCUUUUGUGGAGAGGUUGAAUAUUAACUGGUGUUUUUGUAAGGGAGUAGGGGAAAGGGUGGGUAUUUGUAUUGUCCAGAACUGAGGGGCUAAUUGUGCAACAAACAAAAAAAGCCAAGGCAAGUGGGUUUGAGUCAGUACAGGAGUCAGUAAGUUACUAUGGUGAUAACAUGUCAAUAACACAUCAGUUUGUGGGUCAUAAUAUGUUGAUUUAUCUGAUUCUAAAACACAAAUCAGAUAUCAGGUUCUCUCUAUCUAUCAUACAUUAACCACCACUGUUCCUCUCUCUUUCCCUUUCUCCCUCCACUAUGUUCUUCCUCUGGCAGCUGGAGCCAUCUCGAUACGGUCUCUUCAGCAGAGUCUGACCAGGCCUGUCCAACAGGAUGUAUUGUUCUCUGUGGACAUCUCCUGUGUUGGAACUCCCACCAUACAGUGGACCUUUAUGUCUGGCAGGGUGAGCAGAAACAUUGGGGCCUGGCAACCUGGUGGGUAUACCAAUGUAUCAGAGGACUACAUGGACAGAGUCCACACAUACACUAAUGGAUCUAUGGGACUGUCGGACCUACGUAUUCAGGACGCCGGCUUCUACGUGAUCACUGUGACUGAACCGUCUGGGAAGCAGCAAAGAUGAAGGAUUUGUCUUGAAGGUGGAAGGUGAGUGAAUAGUGGGGGCAGGCCUGUAUCACAAUGUGGCAUUUUGCUUUAGGCUACAGUGUUAGUGUUUCAUCAUAGCUGACAUUUACAAGAACCCCUUUAUGGAACUGUUUUCUUCUCAGUCCUGGAGACAGUUUCUGUAGCGGCCUUAUGGUGUUAUUGAACAGUAUCUUUACGAGUAGUUCAAGUGACCUUCAUUUAUGAGUAAGCUAGUUUAGUGGAAGUGAGAAUUAACAUUGUGUGUUCUCCCUCCCUGUGUGGUAGAGGUUCUGUAUGAGGACCUCCAGUACCUGUCAGUGUUAGCUGUAGUGCUGGCCUCCCUGGCUGGCUUUCUCAUGGUCUCCAUGUGGCUCAUGGACAAAGCCUACUGCCGGAUCAAGGCAUGGAGACAGAGGAGACAGAUGCCAGGUAAAUACUUUUAGAAUGCUUUUGGUGUAAUAGAUACAUCUAGUAAUUAAACGACUCAAGUUUGAUUGUUCUUGUGUCAUUGAAUUUCUAAUUUUUUUUCUCUCCAGAGAAUUAUGUAACUGAGCUGCAACCUCUCUGA